UCUGCAGCUUUCAGCAUGAGCCAGGCCUUUCUGCAGGUGUUUCUAAUGAGCUCAUCGGUUCACCUGGAUAAAAGCGUCUUCUGUCUGCUGCUGGAGCUCAUCUUUUGCUCUGAGGUAAACAUGGUUCUAAAGCUUGCUUUAAGGCUUUCUUGGAUUGUUCAGCUGCUUGGAUGCUGUGCUUCUUUUCCUUAUCACCGGUAUGAUCCAAUGAUUGUUGCAACAAAAAACCUUCUUUUAAAAGAUCCAGAACUCCAGCAGCACAGGUAUGAGCCUCAAGGGUUCAUCUUGACCUAUGACCCUGAUGCUCAUUCCAAAGUACCAGACGUGGACUUCCCCUGGACCUGGAGUUACUCUCACUAUGUGGAGAAUAAAACCAGCUUUGCAGCACAGCCUGAUCAAGCACUCAGCCCUGACAGUGUGGAGGAGGGUCCAACCAACCUCCGGCCUGACUCCCCCGGAGGAGUUCUGUAUGAUGGUGCCCCAGAACUGGUGAGCAACCCCUCCUUCCCUGAGCAACCUGGGCCUGGACUGAGCAGCGUUGGGAUGGCGCGCUCCUUCGGCUCUCCGUAUAAAGCCUUUCCAGGUGUGGGUUUUGCAGAUCCGUCUCCACCUACAGGUGUCGCAGAGGAACUUUCCCUCCUCAGUAGGGACCUGAUGGAGGCCCGGCAGAUGCCCCUCUUUCAGGCCUGGAACAAUGGAGAGGUGCCUGUGGACUUGCCGGCCCCCCCUGUUCACCCCUUAUCUCACCUGUUCCAGUUUGGGAGCGGCUUCCAACGAGCAAAGGACUUCAGUUCUGAUUUGAAAUAUUCCCAGGACACUUUUCCAGAUGUUCCUGAGGUCCCCCCCCUGUGCAACGGGGGGGUGUUCUUUGGGCAGUGUAAACCAGUGACCCAGUGAGGAAACCAAGCUGUCAGUUACUCUGUGCACCUACUACCUUUCAAAUGAACCUAAGUAUAUGCCUGAGACCCAACAAUGCCCUCUAGAGGAUAAGUGACAGCAUGGCAAGCUGGUCAUACUGGACGGAGCCUUCAUCCACAUGGGGACACUUUCAGCUCUGCUUUGGGAAACCUCAUGUUGAGAUGUUCAAACUAACACCUGUAGUAAUCCUUGACUAAAGUUUCUUAAAGGA